CAGAACUUGUGCACAAAAGCAGUGCCUAUAGCUAACCCAUUUUGUUGUACAAACGUGUGUUAUGAAAUUAUAUACUUUAUGAAAGGAUGUUAUAGCUGUAUCUAGCUAGCUAACGUUAGCUACCUAGCAAGCGAGCUGAUGUACAAAGCCAGCAGCCACUUAGCUACGGUGCUAACCGCCAUGAUCUGAGGGUCUCACAUGGCUGGGAGGCUUCUGAAAGUGUCGUCUCUCGCUGCCCUAGCGGUCGCUUCGUCUGGGUUUUACCUGCACAGUCUCAGCGUUGACGCCAACGAUCUGAGCGUCGUCAGAUUCGCUAGGGCGGCUGCGACGACAGCUGUCAUCAGUUAUGACUACCUCACAGCUUUCAGAAAUGUCCAGUCUGGGACAGAUGAGUACUGGCUACUGAGAUCAGAGGUACACAAGCGUUCAGCGGAGAGGCUGCGGGCUCUGUGCUGUGCUAACCGAGGCACCUUCAUCAAGGUGGGGCAGCACCUAGGCGCCCUGGAUUACCUGCUCCCCGAGGAGUACACCAGCACGCUGAAGGUCCUGCACAGCAGCGCUCCUCAGAGCACCAUGGACGAGGUCCAGCAGGUCGUCAGGGAAGACCUGGGAAAGGAGCUGGGCCAGAUCUUCGUCAGCUUCCAGGAGGAGCCGGAGGGCGCCGCCUCUCUGGCGCAGGUGCACAGGGCCGUCCUGGCCAACGGCAGCGUCGUGGCCGUCAAGGUACAGCAUCCCAAAGUCCAGGCGCAGAGCUCCAGGGACAUCGCUGUGAUGGAGUUCCUAUUGCAGGCAGUUCACUGGCUCUUCCCUGACUUUGCUUUCAUGUGGCUGGUGGAGGAGGCCAAGAGGAACAUGCCUCUGGAACUGGAUUUCCUUAACGAGGGCCGAAACGCAGAGAGAGUGGCCGACAUGCUCAAGCACUUUGAUUUCCUCCAGGUGCCAAAGAUCCACUGGGAUCUGUCCAGCAGGCGCGUUUUGACCAUGGACUUUGCAGAAGGCGGGCAGGUCAACGAUCGGGCGUACAUGCAGAAACACGGCAUCGACGUCAACGAGAUUUCCCGUAACUUGGGCAAACUGUACAGUGAGAUGAUCUUUGUGACCGGCUUCGUGCACUGUGACCCCCAUCCCGGCAACGUGUUGGUGAGGAAGUGUCCGAGAAGCAAGAAGGCGAAAAUCGUAUUACUCGACCACGGCCUGUACCAGGUGCUGAACCAGGACUUCCGCAUGGACUACUGCAGACUGUGGCAGAGCCUGAUAAAAGGUGACAUGAAGGGCGUCGAGCGCCACAGCAGGCGGCUGGGGGCAGGAGACCUGUACCCUCUGUUUGCCUGCAUCCUCACGGCCCGCUCCUGGACCUCAGUCAGCACCGGCAUCAGCCACACCCCCGUCACUCACACCGAGGACAUGGAGAUCCGGACAAACGCGGCGCUCUACCUGCCACAGAUAAGCGAGCUGCUGAAUAAGGUUCCUCGGCAGAUGCUUCUGUUGUUGAAGACCAAUGACCUGCUGCGGGGCAUUGAGACCGUCCUGCAGACCCGCGCCAGCUCCAGCUCCUUCCUCAACAUGUCCCGCUGCUGCACACGGGCCCUCGCCAGUCAUCGGAGAAGUAAGACCACAUCGAGAACCAAGAGGCUACAGAUCUCCUUAGCAGAAACCAUCUCCCUCUGGCAGAUCAGCCUGUAUGAACUCAUGCUGUGGACACGCGGUUCAUUGCUGGCCAGGUGGAUCCGUUCUCUGCUUAACUGCUUGCCCCACCCCUACUGAGAGGCCCAGACCAGGGGUCCUGUCCACCGCCCGCGCCUCCGACCCUGCAUGCAGGCUGGACCAUGGGAGCCACGUGUGGGCUCGAUAACUGCAAUAACUGUAUAUUAGUACUUAUGACUAAUGUAUUUGAAUUGUGUGUUUGACUUCUGAGUUCAGUAUUAGGAUAGUAUCACCAUAUCACAUGAUUACAUGGAGUGUCUUCUCCUGGCUGGUUCAUUCGUAUAGCUGUGAUCAUUGCACACAAGAUUUCCAGUACUGUAUUUCUUUGCCAAGAGUAUCAAAUAGUACUAAUGUCAUUUUUGUUAUUUGCUGACCACCACCCACUGUGUAUGAAGCAGAUGUGGACUGCCCAGUGGCAAUGCUUGUAGGACAACCCCUGCAUUUACAUUUCCUGCUUCUUCUCUCUGUUCUUCCUGUCUCCUGCACUGUUUACAGACAACAGUCUGAUGCCAACAAGAACAUUAUAUUGAUUAUUUUAAUUUGACAAUUGAUUACACACCAGAUCUGAAUGAUCUCCCUGAGUCAGCUAGUUAUGUUUUUUUUAAUUAUUAUUUUUUAAAGAUUUCAUGGUUUGUUGAACUGUUUUUAUCAUAUCCACGAGUGAGUCACAUCGUGAAAGGGAAUAAACAGGA